AUGGUGCCCUCGCUGCUGCUGCUGCUGCCGCUGCCGCUGCCGCUGCUGCUGCUGCCGGGGUCCGCGGGCGCGGGCGGGCGCUGCCCGCUGCGCUGCGCCUGCACGCACGGAGCGCUGCGCUGCCCGCCGCCGCCGCACGGCGCGCUGCCCGCGCCCGCCCGCGCAUCAUUUACGCAUCUCCCUGUUAAAGUAAUCCCAUCACAUGCAUUUGAAGGACUUCAAGAUGCCUUCAUCAUUGAAAUCUCUCAGAGCGACUCCCUGGAGAGAAUAGAAGCGAGUGCCUUUGACAGCCUUCCCACCUUGUCUGAAAUAUUAAUCCUGAACACGAAAAAUCUGUUGCACAUUGAGGAUGGAGCUUUCAGAAAUCUUCCAAGGCUAAAAUACUUGAGCAUUUGUAAUACUGGAAUAAGACAAUUUCCAGACCUGACACAGAUCUUCUCACUGGAAGCUCAUUUUAUUUUGGAGCUCUGUGAUAACUUGCGUAUGACAAUUAUACCACAAAAUGCUUUCCAAGGGAUGAACAAUGAAUCACUGACACUCAAGUUGUAUAAAAAUGGAUUUGAAGAUAUCCACAGCCAUGCCUUCAACGGGACAAAGCUGAAUCAAUUAAUCCUGAAGGACAACAAGAACCUCAGGCGGAUCCACAACGAUGCCCUGAGAGGGGCCACAGGGCCAGACGUGCUGGAUAUUUCUUCAACAGCGCUGGAGUCCCUGCCUAGUUAUGGGCUUGAGGCCAUUCAGGUCUUAAAUGCAACGUCAUCUUACUCAUUAAAGAGGCUGCCACCACUGGAUAAAUUCAGCAGUCUUCUGGAAGCUGUCCUAACAUAUCCCAGCCACUGCUGUGCUUUUCGAAAUCUAAGGACAGAAAAACAGAAUUUGUUGCUUUCCAUUUUUGACAACUUCUCCAAGGAGUGUGAAAGCACCAUGAGGAAACCGACUAACGAAAUGCUAGAUGACUCCAACAACACAUUGCUGUGGUCAGCAGAGAGGAACACACAUCCCUUUGCAAUAGACGAUGAAAGUUCUCCCUACGGCUACUCAACCAUUUUUGAUGACAGUGAAAUGGCCGGCUUUGACUUUGAGUAUGACUUCUGUCAGCCUAAAGUCCUCACGUGCACUCCAGAACCAGAUGCAUUUAAUCCCUGCGAAGACAUCCUGGGAUACAGCUUCCUCAGAGUGCUGAUCUGGUUUAUAAACAUCCUCGCCAUCGCCGGCAAUUUCACUGUGCUCCUCGUUCUCCUGACCAGCCACUACAAGCUCACCGUCCCUCGCUUCCUCAUGUGCAACCUCUCCUUUGCCGAUUUCUGCAUGGGGCUGUACCUCCUGCUCAUCGCCUCCGUGGAUGCCCAGACCAGCGGUCAGUACUACAACCACGCCAUCGACUGGCAGACGGGCAGCGGCUGCAGCACCGCCGGCUUCUUCACGGUGUUUGCCAGCGAGCUGUCGGUGUACACGCUGACAGUGAUCACCGUGGAGCGCUGGCACACCAUCACCUACGCCAUGCAGCUGGACCGCAAGCUGCGGCUGCGGCACGCCGUGCCCAUCAUGCUCGGGGGCUGGCUCUUCUCCAUCGGCAUAGCCGUGCUGCCUCUCUUCGGGGUCAGCAGCUACAUGAAGGUCAGCAUCUGUUUACCCAUGGAUAUCGAAACGGGCCUGUCCCAAGCCUACAUCCUGCUGAUCUUGGUGCUGAAUGUUGUCGCCUUCAUUGUCAUUUGUGCUUGCUACAUCAAGAUUUACAUUGCCGUGCAGAACCCAGAGCUGGUAGCGGCCAAUAAGGACACCAAGGUCGCCAAGAGAAUGGCAAUACUGAUCUUCACGGAUUUCACCUGCAUGGCCCCCAUCUCCUUUUUUGCCAUAUCCGCCGCCUUCAAAGUUCCUCUCAUCACAGUGACCAACUCCAAGAUCUUGUUGGUUUUAUUUUACCCCGUCAACUCCUGCGCAAACCCCUUUCUCUAUGCCAUUUUCACCAAAGCAUUUCGGAGGGAUUUCUUUUUGCUGAUGAGCAAGCUUGGUUGCUGCAAGAGCCGAGCAGAGCUCUACAGGAUGAACUAUUUCUCCGCUUAUAACUCCAACUGCAAGAACGGCGGCGUAGCCACAGGCCCCAGCAAAGCCUCCCAAGCAUUCCUGCUUUUGUCAGCCUUACAGAAGCCCUAUCCUGCACCACGGCACAAGACAUCCCGCAAGGAAAAUUAACCCAGAGUGCCAAGAGAUGCAGCACUUUGCAAGGCCAGUUGUGAUUAUCUUAGUGACUAGGGAUUGUUUUACAAUAUCUUGAACAUUUCAUAAUAAAUAAACAUUCCAGUCAGUAA